AAAAAAAAAAAAAAAAAAAAAAAUUGACCCUUUUUCUAAUUUUGGAUCUUAAAUUCAGAAGCUGUACUUGAUCUUUUUGUGCUAUCAAGAUGGGGGGGCAAUCUAGCAAGAUGGUUAGUGUUGAAUCCCCGACAACGGUUAAAAUGGGUACCCAUUCUCUGUAUGCUGCUGAUUUGAGCUCCUAUGAAGAUGCAUGUGUUAAAGAUCCAAACUUGCAAAGCUUUGAUGCGAGCAUUCAGGAGCAUACCAACAGGGUGAUUAGUUCCCUUGCUCAUGGUGUCGAGGUCAGAUCCUUAUCUUUUGACUCACUCAGAGAAGUCACUGAUAGUCUGCUUGAGAUGAACCAAGAAGUUGUCAAAGUUAUUUUGGAUUGCAAGAAAGAUAUAUGGGGCAACUCAGAAUUGUUCUCCUUGGUCAAUGAUUACUUUGAUAAUAGCCUUCAGACUUUGGAAUUCUGUAACUCCCUUGAGAAAUGCUUGAGGCGUGCACGCGAGAAUCAGAUGAUUGUGAAGUCUGUGGUUACCUACUUUGAGGAAGAGGUGCAAAAUGGGGCUGAAGGGGUGGCUUAUGUGAAGACAUUGCAAGAGCUUAAGAAGCUUAAGGAUGCCGGGGACCCCUUUACUGAAGAAUUUUAUCAGUUGUUUCAAUCCGUAUACACACAGCAGGCGUCAAUGUUGCAGAAAUUGCAAGUCAGGAAGAGAAAGCUUGAUAAGAAAAUGAAGUCCCUCAAGACAUGGAAGAGGGUGUCAAAUGCCAUUUUUGUGGCUGCUUUUGUUUCUGUCUUGAUUUUCUCGGUGGUGGCGGCCUCUAUCGCCGCCCCGCCGGUAGUAACUGCCUUGGCUGCUGCAUUGGCUGUUCCAAUAGGGUCAGUAGGAAAAUGGUGCAACUCUCUCUUCAAGCGCUAUGAGAAAGCUCUGAAGGGACAAAGGGAAGUCAUCAGCUCAAUGCAGAUUGGUACUUACAUUUCAUUGAAGGACUUGGACAACAUUCGAGUACUUAUCGACAAGUUGGAAGUAGUUAUUGAGUCAUUGUUGCAGAAUGCUGAUUUUGCUCUUAUAAAUGAGGAUGUUAUGAAGUUUGCAAUCGAUGAGAUCAAGAAGAAAAUAGAAACAUUUUCAGAGACUAUGGAGAAUUUAAGUGCUCAUGCUGAUAAAUGCAGUCGACAGAUAAGGAGAGCAAGGACUGUGGUUAUACAAAAUAUAAUUAAAAAACCAUAGUGUGAUCCCUUUGGAAUGUUUCAUUGAUUACUUUCUCUUGCUGGCAUCUUCCUUUGCUUCAGCCAAGUAAGCACCACGAUUAUAAGUUUAUCACCUCAAUGAGAUGCCUUAUAAAGAGAAAUGAAGAUACAAAUUGUGCAGAACAUUUCUGUACUUUCUAUGUAUAGAUAUUUGGAUUAUACAUGGUUACAAAUAUGUUUGUUGCUUAGUUGUUUCUUUUUCUAAUUAUUGCUGAUGCAAUUGAAGAACAUAAAUGAGUAAAUAAUAGUGAAAUCAUGACAGGCUCGUGGAAGUGAUGGAACAAAGUCCAUGAUUGCAACCUACCUUAAGGUUGGGAUAAAAUAAAUAUAUUGGAGCAGCUUCAUGAUUAGGAGAUGGAUAAAUAUCAAUUUCUAAAGGUUGAGAUUGAGAUCCAAAGAAAAUAUAAAAAAAAUUCCCCCAAAAUUGUUGAUAUAUAACAAACUAGUUCUGA